ACUGGUAUUACCAUCACCAUGGCUCCCAGAUACCUGAACGUGAUCCUGCUUCUCUGCAGCUUGGUGACCAUGUUCUGCCAAGGAACCAGAGAGAUAUAUCCCAGGAAACUUUACUGCUGUGUGGAGUACCAGCAGCAGCCUAUACCCAUUCAAAAUAUUAAAGGCUACAAAAUGCAAAGUUCCACUGAGGUGUGCCACAUUGAUGCCAUCAUAUUCUACACCAUAAAGAACUAUAAAGUAUGUGCCAACAUUAAGGACAAUUGGGUCAAACAGGCUCUGGAUCAUCUCAGCAAAAAACUGAAAAAGUUGUCCAGCGAGAACUCUGUGAUGGAAAACCCCCUUCCCUCCAACCACAAAGCAGAUUUGAAACCAUACACCAGAAGCCACACUAUUGACUAGAGUGGCUGAAAGAUCCAGAUUUCCAUUCAUUUGCAUUAUACUUAUAAUAGAUUUGUGUUCUUAGAUUUGUUGGUAUUGAUUAAACACAAUAUCACUAUUAAGUUUGACUGCCUCAUUUUGUUCUGUUUUUCUAAAUCAAAGUUUGCUGAAAUAAUAAAAUUUACCAAUAGAUAGAUGAUCUACUGAAAUUAUUUGAUGUUAAUUAGUUUGUUUAAUUUUAGUCACAUAAAUGAACAUUGUGCAUGGAUAUUAUUAUUGUUAUAUUACUUGUGAAUGUGAUUGUGAAUUGGUUGUGCAUGAACAUUAGUUGUGAAUAUGAUUGUUUAAAAGUGCAUUAAAAAAACCACAGAAACC